AUGGCGAAAAUCCAUGCAGAAACCCUGAUGGGAGAGGAGCAGCAGCCGGAGGAGGAAAGGGCAGUCAUUGAGGGAGCCAGAGUGUGUAUGAGGUGUCACCCAGCACUAAGGGGACAGGCAGGUUCUUCUGGGGAACCUUGGCAGAAUGAUGACAUUAGCAGGGGUCAGGAGCAGGGGGUACCUGUCACACAAGGGCACCCACGCACAAGGAAGCGUAGGGCUGGGAGUAGCAAAAGAGCCAGAGAUCCUGAGAACAUGGUCCAAAACUGGCAGGGUACAGUGAGGGCUGGUGGCUCCCUGGGGACUGGGGCCGGGGGCUGCAGGAACACCCCACGGGGCUGGCAGCUGAGAGCAGGCAGCGGGGGCACCGAGGCAGCCGCAGUCCCGGGCAUCAAGCAUCUCCCUGAGGACGGGGACAGGCUGAGGCUGGGGUGGGACAUCAGCCCAGGUAAUGGUCCCCAUCACGAUCGCAGUUGUGUUUACAACCAGAGCAACAUAGUAGAUGGAGUUUACUGCCUCCCAAUAGCACACUGGAUUGAAGUCUCUGGACAUACUGAUGAGAUGAAACAUACAACUGACUUCUAUUUUAAUAUUGCAGGACAUCAAGCUAUGCAUUACUCCAGAAUUCUGCCAAACAUCUGGCUGGGAAGUUGCCCUCGGCAGCUGGAGCAUGUGACUGUCAAGCUGAAGCACGAGCUGGGUGUUACGGCUGUGAUGAACUUCCAGACCGAAUGGGACAUUGUUCAGAAUUCCUGGGGCUGCAACCGCUACCCUGAACCCAUGAGCCCCGAAAUCCUCAUGAAACUGUAUAAAGAGGAAGGUCUUGCUUAUGUCUGGAUGCCAACCCCAGACAUGAGCACUGAAGGAAGAAUACAGAUGUUGCCACAGGCUGUCUGCCUCUUGCAUGGGCUACUGGAGAAUGGACACACUGUCUACGUGCAUUGCAACGCUGGCGUUGGCAGGUCUACAGCUGCUGUCAGCGGAUGGCUGAAGUAUGUGAUGGGAUGGAGCCUGAGGAAAGUGCAAUACUUUUUGGCUUCCCGGAGACCAGCUGUCUACAUCGACGAGGAAGCUCUGAAUCGUGCUGAAGAUGAUUUCUACCAAAAAUUUGGGCGUCUUCAUUCCUCAUGCAAAGUACAAGAGUAG